AUGGCUCGCCUAAGCCGUCCGUCAUUGAUCCAGACGGCUGAGGAUCACUUUGAUGAAUUAGAUGAGGAGGUGACUGCCUUUAUGGAAGAAGUGGAGAACACUGAAGAUCUCGAUAUCUCCGUCAAGGAUUAUAAUGGAAUGAUUAAGGAGCUUUUAACCACCGGCUCUACCGAACUGAGGAAGCUGGUCGCGGGCCUUAUCAUGGAGAACCGAAACGAACACACGGCUUAUUUGGAAAAAGAGGCUGAGUGUAUUUCCCUGGAAAAGCAAUUCCAUACGGAACUAGCCGAAGCCAAGGAACAGAUAUUGGAGACCGAACGCACUAAUCGACUUCUCCAUGCUGAGCUCAGAAGGAGUGAGGCCGAAUUCAAACAACUCCAAGAAGCAAGUCGAGGAACCUCUGCCGCUCCUAGUUCCGUUACUACCGGUAUUAAGCCAAAGGAAUUCAAAGGAGCCAAGUUCGAUGGGAAGUCCGAGAAUCUAGAGCGGUUUCUCAAUGCAGUAGAAUUGGACUUCCGCCUCUACGAAACAAGCUUUCCAACCGAAGAAUACAAGGUCGCAUACGUGAUGAAGGGAUUUGAUGAGAAACCCGACAAAUGGGCGCAACAAUACUAUCGUCAUGAUCCUGAGGGAGUCCUUAAGAGCUGGAAGUUGUUUAAGGCCGCCAUAAACAAGCAUUUUGAGGAUCCCGAUCGUAUUGCUAAUCAGCAGGAGAAACUCCUUUCUCUUCAGCAUAAUAGCUCGGACGAUUUGCUGGAUCACAUUACUGAAUUCGAAACCCUUUGCUCUCAGGUUGACUGGCCAGAAAGUACUAAAGCCACCCUUUUCCUCAAAUCCUUGCAACCCGGACUUCGUGGGGCCAUCCGUCGGUCUGAUAUCAACAUUGAGGAUUACGAUAAGGUUAAGCAGAAAGGGCUACGCUUAGAGCGGGAGUAUAAGGAGAGCAAGAAGCAACACUCCGCUGCCAGGAAGGGAGAUCGGAAGACCAGUUCCAAACCCAAGGAUACUAAGCCUGCUGACGGUUCUGAGGAUAUCCGCAGCGAGCACCUUAGGAAGGGACUUUGCUUUAAUUGUAACGAACCAGGCCAUAUCUCUCGAGACUGCAAUAAGCCGAAGAAGGAUACAAAGGCUAACCCCGCCACCAAGUCGGUAGCCGCGGUAGAACUACCUUCGGAAAACGAAGGGCGGAUGCAGCUUCGAGGAAUCGGAUGGUUACGAGGACGAAAGAUUAGGAUCCUAUACGACACUGGCUCUGAUGGAACCUUUCAGUCACCAAAGCUACGAGACGAAUUUAACAUGAAACCAAUUCGACAUGAGGAAGUCGAAGUACAAGACAUCAGUGGAAGGAAGAUUGAACUAGGAAAUUCUCAGGUCCCUGUCUACCGAGUCAGAGGCCGAAUCCCACGAUUUGGAAUUUUUGAAGCUGAACCGAUUUGUAUGCCCCUUGGACUAAGUACCGACUUAGUCUUAGGUGCCGACUGGUUGAGGAAGAAUGGUCUAUUGGACGACCUAAGGACGAAGCUAGGAAUUACUGAUAACACGUCAGUUUCCCCGGAAGAACCCCGUGAUAUUAAGAGUCCCACCAAGGACUCUGGAGACGACGAUCCUAAUGGACGGAUCGAGAAGAACGACGAUCCUAUUGGAAGGAUUGAUGAUAAUGACCUUAAGGAUCCUGCCAAGGAUUCUGAUCGAGAUGAAGAAGAACAACAGGAUGCCAUUAAUGCAGCUAUUCGAGCUGCAGGAAUUACCGUUACCCGAAUGUGGACGCCAUUCCACUACAAGGGAAGAUAUGAACCAAAGAUUCCAAAGAGGUUUGAAGAUUGGCGGAUUCAGGUUGCUGCCGCCUUUGAAGAAGAUCAAAUGAGUAAACAUCCAUUCCCACAACGCCUUAUCGACGGUGAUGUUGAAUUGCCAGAGAUCUAUGAGGAAUUCCGUGAUAUAUUUGAACCCUCUCGGAUGAAUCAGCCACUCCCUUACCGACCCGAAUUUGCUCAUGCAAUUAACCUGAAACCUGGGUUAAGCCCGCCAAGUCUGCGUCAGUAUCAUCAGUCAGAGUUAGAGCUACAGAUCACGAAGGAGAAGACCGAUGAAUUAAUGAGAAGGGGGUUUAUUCGAAGGAGCCAGUCAUCCGCGGGUGCCCCUACCCUUUUUGCCGCAAAAAAAGGCGCUCUGAUCCCGGAUACCCGGUAUGGACUCUUUGAGUGGUUGGUGAUGCCGUUUGGACUAUGCAAUGCCCCGGCAACCUUCCAACGAUAUAUCGACCAGGCCCUACAUGGAUUAAUCGACGAGGAACUAAUCGCAUACCUCGAUGAUAUCUUGAUCUAUGGAUCUACAUUGGAAGAAGUACAGGAACGGACACGUCACUGCCUCCAACGCCUUCGAGAAUGGGGGUUAUGUGUUAAGCUACGGAAAUGCAGAUUCCAUGUUCAGACUGUUAACUUCUUGGGCUUCCAGAUCUCACCAGAAGGUAUCUCUAUGGAAGAAGACCUAAUUCAGACGAUCCAGAAAUGGCCUGUGCCUAAACGAGUACGAGAUGUUCAGGCCUUUAUUGGGACUGCUGGAUUCUAUCGGCGAUUUGUGCCACGAUUCUCCCAUAUUGCCAAACCUUUGACGGACCUUACCCGAAAAGGAAGACAGUUUGACUGGGGACCAAAAGAACAAGCUGCCUUCGAACGACUAAAGGCUGAAUUUGUGCCAGGAAGAAUAUUAAUGCACUUUGACCCUGAUAGACAGAUCUACGUCUAUACCGAUGCUAGUAACGACGCUGCCUCUGCAAUCCUCUGCCAAAAAGAUGAUAAUGAGAGAAUGAGGCCAGUGAUGAUCUGGAGCAAGAAGUUUAGCACCAGUGAACGCAAAUACUCUACCCCAGAUCAAGAACUCCUUGCUAUCGUAUCGGACCAUGCUAAUUUGCGAAAUUUCAUGACUACUAAGGACUUGAAACCGUUGCAAGUACGAUGGGCUGAACGCCUAAGCCGGUUUGAUUUUGUGAUAGAACAUAUCCAGGGUCACCUUAAUCCUGCAGACGGACCUUCUCGUCGACCAGACUAUGUCAUUGAGGAUGAAUUCCCCGAAGAGCCUAAGGCAUUCCUCAAAUUUGCCUCUGCAUCCUUGCGAUUCGAACAGUCUCCAGAACCAAAUCAAGUGGAAAUUGCCGCCCUCGCUCUUAGUCCUGAUAUGGAAGAAAGGAUUAAGGAGAAAUUGGUUACAGAUGAGACGGCCACUGAGAUAUAUAAGGAUCCCCCACAGGGCUGGGAGGCACGUAAUGGGCUCCUGUUCUAUCAUGAUCGGUUUUAUGUGCCAAAGGAUGUACGGAUGGAGGUAUUUCGACGAUUGCACAAUGCCCCACUGGCAGGUCAUAUGGGUCAGAAACGAACACUCGAACUGAUACAACGCAAAUACUACUGGCCACGAAUGAAAAAGGAUGUUGAGGAAUACUGUUUAGGAUGCUCACAGUGCCAGCAGAACAAGGCUAAUACUCAUCUAACCUUUGGGCGGCUCGAACCACUACCACCACCUGAGAAACCUUGGUCCCGAAUUGGCAUUGACUUGAUUACCGAUCUACCAAGGACAAAAUAUGGCCAUGAUUGUAUCCAAGUGCAUGUCGAUCAUUUUAGUAAGGGUAUUAUCCUCGCCUCAACUCGGAAGACGGCUGGAGCUAAGGAAGCCGCAAUCCUGACUCGCAAAAAUGUGAUCUCAAAGAAGGGAAUUCCUCGUUCAUGGAUAAUGGAUCGCGAUAAACGUUGGCUCAAUUCGUUCUGGAGUCAACUGGGCAACGAUCUUCGAAUGGAAUUUAAUCCGUCUACUGCCUACCAUCCACAGUCCGAUGGGCAGACAGAGCGUAUGAACGAAGUUAUUGAGGCAUAUCUUCGGGCUUUUACCAAUUAUUUGCAAGACGACUGGGACGAAUGGCUCGACAUGGCCGAGAUGGCUUGGUGCAACUCAAAACACUCUGCCCUAGGAGUCUCACCAUUCUUUGCGGAACAUGGCUACGACCCCGACGUCGAAUUUGUACCAGAACAUCCAGGCCGGAAAAUUACAGAUAUCGAUGCUGCCAUUUAUGCAGACUUUAUGAAGGAGCUUCAUGAGAUCCUACGGGAGAACCUCCAACGCGCCCAGGAAACGAACAAGAAAUACUACGACCGCAAACGCGCCGACAUGGUUUUUGAAGUUGGGGAUCAAGUCUAUCUCCGGACAACCAAUAUACGGAGUCAACGGCCCUGCAAGAAACUUGAUCGAAAGAAGGAAGGCCCAUUUACCAUUAAGCGUGCUAUUAAUAAGAAUGCUUACGAAUUAGAUCUCCCUCCGCAGUUUAAGGUCCACCCUGUGUUCCAUAUUGAAUUACUGGAGCCAUACCACCCCCCUGUUCCAGGACAAGAGGAAAAUGAGGAACCUGAAGAUCUAACUAGGCCGACUUAUGUCGAUGGCAGGAAGGAAUAUACGGUACGAGCUAUUACUGACGCCGUUCGCGAUGAGAAUGACCAAAUUCGAUUCCGAGUCCGAUGGGAAGGAUGUGAUGAAGAAGAGGAUACAUGGGAGCCUUUCUGGCACCUCACCAACUGCCCCGAACGCCUUGAUGAAUUUAUACGAACUCAUCCCGACUGCCCGGCCCUACCCGUUCGACCCGACGAUAUGAAGCCCAAAUCUAACCGCCGAAGCACCCGAAGAGUUAGAUGA